UGGUUGCCCAAAGUGGACGAUCUGUCGGAUGCCUAGUGUGAUAAUGAAGUUUAGAAACAAUUAGUAGUUUCUUCUGCCAAAAUGUCAUCUCUGCAUGCAGUUUCAUGAUUCUUUUCUGUCAUAAACAGUAGACUAGGCUUGAAAAUAUUAAAGAUAAACGAUAGUUUCCAUUCUAACAUGUCUCUUUGUUUGAUUUAUAAACUAGGAAGGAAGUCAUGACGUGUGAUCUGAAGUCUUUCAAGAUGGCACUAACAUUUCAUCACCCUACAACCUUUGUCAACAUGGUAAUUUUCCACACCAACAUGACUACGACCCGCAACAUCGUUAGUGAUGCGCCUGACGAUGGCUUCGUCAGCCAUCAUAAUCUAGCAACAGCCAUUAUUCUUGUCGUCAUUUGCAUUGUUGGCAUCGUUGGAAACAUCUUCGUGAUCGUCGCUGUCCAGUUAACCCGCCGCCUUCAAACAUUCACUAACGUCUUCGUCGUCGUCCUGAGUUGUACGGAUUUUCUGACCGCAAUGACGCUACCUUUCCAGGGUGGCACACUUCUUGGGCUUGUGGACGCAUAUCCGGCUUUUGCAGUCGUCUGCGAAGUGAUCGGCGGUCUCUCAUUUAUAUUCAACGGAUGGAGCAUUAUUACAUUGGUUGUGAUAGCAUUUAAUCGAUACAUCCUAAUUACUCAUCAGUCGCAAACGUAUCGCCGAAUAUUCUGUAAAAAGAACAUCGCCAUUAUGCUUGCAGUUAUUCUCUCAUAUCCUUUAUGUUCCGUCAUUCUCUUUGGAACGACUGGCUGGGCGGUGUUUGGAGAAAAAUGCAACACGUGCGCUGUAGUGGAGGGCAGAGCUUUCAACCUCCUUUCUGGUAUUUCCAUGGUGACACUGAUGGUCGCCAUCUUGUAUUUCUACCUGAAAAUCUACCUUCAUGUGCGGAACCACGUCCGAAAAGUGCACGACAAACUGGAGAAUCAAAAUCCACAGCCCUCGUCUACACAACAAUCAUCAGUAGAAUCUUCAAGAAAACAAGUCUAG